UCUAGCCGCCGCUGUCUGGCUUCCAGACGGGUCCUCGCGGCGGGACUUGGCUGCAGUGGGACGCUGCGAACACGCCCGCCGCCCCCUUCGCGGGCUGCCCUUGAGCAGGCUCCGCGCAGCGCACCCCAGCGGCCGCGUGGCCGCCCAGUCGCGGCCACUGAGCUUCCGGAGAGCUCGCCAGUCGCCGAGCGGCAGCCUCGGAAUCUGGGCACUUGAGAGACUGCGAGGGGCAGUCUCGGCCGGACACCAGGAGGACGCGGGGCUGCUGCCCCCGGCUCGUCCGCCACAUCUGGGACAGGAGGGCCGGGAGAGGCGGGGCGCGGCGGAGGCUGGCCGGUUCCUGAGCAGCUUCUCCGAAAGCCGGCCGCACUGCGGGCAGGCGAGGGGGGCGGUCUGGAGGCAGAGCCUGCUCCUCCUCGGGAGGUACCCCAGCUGGGGCAGAGGACAGCGCCAGCCAGCCGCAGAGACGCGCCGCGCCUAUCAUGGAGCGGGCGGGCGCUGGGUCGGCGCGGCCACAGCCCCGGGACCAGGACUCGGUAGAAGCGUGGCUGGACGACCACUGGAACUUUACAUUCUCUUACUUCGUUAGGAAGGCUACCAGAGAAAUGGUCAAUGCAUGGUUUGCUGAGAGAGUUCACACCAUCCCCAUAUGCAAGGAAGGCAGCAGAGGCCACACGGAAUCUUGCUCUUGCCUCUCGCUGCAGAGUCCCCUUGCAGAUAGCAGUGUCCCUGGGACACCAACCCGGAAAAUCUCUGCCUCCGAAUUUGACCGGCCUCUUAGACCCAUUGUUGUCAAGGAUUCUGAGGGAACUGUGAGUUUCCUCUCUGACUCAGAAAAGAAGGAGCAGAUGCCUUUAAACCUGCCAAAGUUUGAUAAUGAUGAAGGGGACCAGUGCUCAAGACUCUUGGAAUUAGUGAAAGAUAUUUCUAGCCAUCUGGAUGUCACAGCCUUAUGCCACAAAAUAUUCUUGCAUAUCCAUGGACUCAUCUCUGCUGACCGCUAUUCCCUGUUUCUCGUCUGUGAGGACAGCUCCCAUGAUAAGUUUCUCAUCAGCCGCCUCUUUGAUGUUGCAGAAGGUUCAACACUGGAGGAAGCAUCCAAUAACUGUAUUCGCUUAGAAUGGAACAAAGGCAUUGUGGGACAUGUGGCGGCGCUCGGUGAGCCCUUGAACAUCAAAGACGCAUAUGAGGAUCCUCGGUUCAAUGCAGAAGUUGACCAGAUUACAGGCUACAAGACACAGAGUAUUCUUUGUAUGCCAAUUAAGAAUCACAGGGAAGAGGUCGUUGGCGUAGCCCAGGCCAUCAACAAGAAAUCGGGAAAUGGUGGGACAUUCACUGAAAAAGAUGAAAAGGACUUUGCUGCUUAUUUAGCAUUCUGUGGUAUUGUUCUUCAUAAUGCUCAACUCUAUGAGACUUCACUGCUGGAGAACAAGAGAAAUCAGGUGCUGCUUGACCUUGCUAGCUUAAUUUUUGAAGAACAGCAAUCAUUAGAAGUAAUUCUAAAGAAAAUAGCUGCCACUAUUAUCUCUUUCAUGCAGGUGCAGAAAUGCACCAUUUUUAUAGUGGAUGACGACUGCUCCGAUUCUUUUUCUAGUGUGUUUCACAUGGAGUGUGAGGAAUUGGAAAAAUCAUCAGAUACUCUAACAAGGGAACAUGAUGCAAACAGAAUCAAUUACAUGUAUGCUCAGUAUGUCAAAAACACUAUGGAACCACUUAAUAUCCCGGAUGUCAGGAAGGACAGAAGAUUUCCCUGGACAAUUGAAAACACAGGAAAUGUAAACCAGCACUGCAUUAGAAGUUUGCUUUGUACACCUAUAAAAAAUGGAAAGAAAAACAAAGUGAUAGGGGUUUGCCAGCUUGUUAAUAAGAUGGAGGAGAAUACUGGCAAGGUUAAGCCUUUCAACCGAAAUGAUGAACAGUUUCUGGAAGCUUUUGUCAUCUUUUGUGGCUUGGGGAUCCAGAACACACAGAUGUAUGAAGCAGUGGAGAGAGCCAUGGCCAAGCAAAUAGUCACAUUAGAGGUUCUGUCAUAUCAUGCUUCAGCAGCAGAGGAAGAAACGAGAGAGCUCCAAUCCUUAGCGGCUGCUGUGGUGCCAUCUGCCCAGACUCUUAAAAUUACUGACUUCAGCUUCAGUGACUUUGAGCUGUCUGACCUGGAAACAGCACUGUGCACAAUUCGGAUGUUCACUGACCUCAACCUUGUGCAGAAUUUCCAGAUGAAGCACGAGGUUCUUUGCAGGUGGAUUUUAAGUGUUAAGAAGAAUUAUCGGAAGAAUGUUGCCUAUCAUAAUUGGAGACACGCCUUUAAUACAGCUCAGUGCAUGUUCGCUGCUCUAAAAGCAGGCAAAAUUCAGAACAAGCUGACUGACCUGGAGAUCCUUGCAUUGCUGAUUGCUGCCCUAAGCCAUGAUUUGGACCACCGCGGCGUGAAUAACUCUUAUAUACAGAGAAGUGAACAUCCACUUGCUCAGCUCUACUGCCAUUCAAUCAUGGAGCACCAUCAUUUUGACCAGUGCCUGAUGAUUCUUAAUAGUCCGGGCAAUCAGAUUCUCAGUGGCCUCUCCAUUGAAGAAUAUAAGACCACGUUGAAAAUAAUCAAGCAAGCUAUUUUAGCUACAGACCUAGCACUCUACAUUAAGAGGCGAGGAGAGUUUUUUGAACUUAUAAGAAAAGAUCAAUUCAAUUUGGAAGAUCCUCAUCAGAAAGAGUUGUUUUUAGCGAUGCUGAUGACAGCUUGUGAUCUUUCUGCUAUUGCAAAGCCAUGGCCUGUUCAACAACGGAUAGCAGAACUUGUAGCGACUGAAUUUUUUGACCAAGGAGACAGAGAGAGGAAAGAACUCAACAUAGAGCCUGCUGAUCUAAUGAACAGAGAGAAGAAAAAUAAAAUCCCAAGUAUGCAAGUUGGGUUCAUAGAUGCUAUCUGCUUGCAACUGUACGAGGCCCUGACCCAUGUAUCAGAGGACUGUUUCCCUUUGCUGGAUGGAUGCAGAAAGAACAGGCAAAAAUGGCAGGCUCUUGCAGAACAGCAGGAGAAGACGCUGGUUAAUGGGGAGAGCAGCCAGUCUAAGCGGAAUUGAGUGGCCUAGUCACACAGGGCUGAAGUUUACAGAUGGUGUAUUCUAGUAAGCCUCGUUUUGCUCUACAGUGUACGGAUUUAGUAUAUAUUUUGCCACUGUGUUUUUUAAUUUUACACAACUUUUUGAGAGCAUAGCAUGAAAUAUUUUUAGGGGACUAUUACAUAUUUUCUGUGCAUGUAUUUUAUGCCACUGAACUGAGUUUAUCAAAGACACCCACUCUGAGCAUCCUGGCACGUGUACAAGAGCGCACGUUUGCGAUGCCGCAGAGCGCAAGCUGCAUUCUUGCACUGAGGUGGGUUUUUUGUUUUUGUUUUGCUUGGGGAUUUAAAUCAUUGCUUUUGUGUUUUCUGAAUUACCAAUCUUUUAAGAAUGUUUUAAAUAUUUUCUUUCUCAAAAAAUAGGUGAGGAGCAUAUUGAAUAUAUUCUGUGACAUUUAAAACACAGGAUAGAGAAUAGUGUUGGCUGAGUGGAUGUUAAGGGGAAAGGGGUGUAUUUGUCAACAAUGUAUUACCUUAACAAAAAAUGUUAAAACUCUGAAGCAAAUGGAAAGUACUAUAAGGCAGUAUUGUAAGGGAAAGGUAUUUAAUUGGUUUGCUGUCUUACUAGAGAACAGAACAGGCAGGGGAGAACUUUUUCAUUUCAAUGCAAUACAUCUAUCCAAAGGCUACCCACAAAAUCACUUCAAUCUAACCUAUGUGAUACAAAGCAGGGGAAACUUUGGAGAAGAUCCAGUCACUGAGUAUUGAGAGAUGAGUGUGAUCCAGAAACAGAAAGGCCAUGGAUGUCUGUCAGUGAAGAGAAACAUUCUUCUGGAAGACACUUUUGAGAGUCAGUCAGUGUUCUGAAUAUUGAACUUCCUUUUUAAAAUAAUUCUCAUCAUUCAUCUUACAAAGCAGUUUCUAAGUCAACAGUUUAAAUCUCAACAGGAAAGUGAUAAAAAAUUGUUAAUUAAAGCACUGACCUGAAGUGAAAUAUGACCAUAGGUAAGAGUACAAAAUAAAUAAUUUUUUUUCUCUUUGUCAAAGAAGUAUAAGGAAAGUGUUAAUUAUAUAAGCAGUAAAGGGCUCUCCUUGAUACUGGGGUCAAAAACUAAACUGAGAGAGCAGUAAGGUAAGAAACUUUAGGCCUGAAUAAAAUAGCAGUAUUGAGUUUGUGAUUGAGAAACCUCCAUAUUUGGACUAGUCAACCCAGAAUCAGAGAAGUUUGGGGAUGUAGCCUAAAUACUGGCCAUGAGAUUUUGCUUGGUGGUAUUUUCUUCUCACUGCUUUUAACAUUUAGGAAAUAUUAACACUUUUCUUAGAAUUGGAGCCCAUUUGAGUGGAUUCCCAUUUUACAUGUGUGCCUCUGAAUGCACAUUUAUUGUGACUACACUCUUCCUGUUGUGAAUACACACUAUUGGAGAAGUAGAUAAUGAAUAGAGCAACUGGUUCAGGGAAGGAAAAUCUCCAAAUUUGAUGAAAUGUUUGGACUCAGGGAGAGUAAGAAGAGAGGUAUUUAUUUGAAUUGUUAACCCUCCCCACACACACACAAUAAAAACGUUUCUGGGUUUUUCACUAAUUUAGAUAGGAAAACUUUGGGGAUAUGGUAACACAGCUUUCUCAAAAACCUUUUACUAAAACAUGUAAGACAUUUUCCAUUCACAUCAUUUUUUCUCUAAACUGCCAAAAAGUCAACAUUUUCAUUAAGUCUUAAAAUUCUGAGUGUGUAUAUAGAUCUUGACAUAAUGUGGCUUUGUUUUUACCACUUGGGUAAAAAAAAAAAGGCAAAACAAAUCAUAUUGCCAUUACUUCGUAGGGUAAAAGCUAGUCUAGAAAGUUAGGAAGUUAUCAACCGUGCAAUGCUGUCUGUAUUAUUGUUGAAACACUUGUUUCAGGAUGUCAUUCUUUUUUAUGUCCUACUGAUGAGCUCUGUAAGGCUGCCUUACUGCUUGGUGGCCCUGGUGUGUAAGUCACACAGACUGUCACUAAAAUAACUUAACCUCCAUACUGGUGUACCUCCAUGCAUGCAUACAUAAUUCCUUAGUAUAGAAAAUCUGUCUGAAGAAUAACAGUCUUUGAUAAACUAUCUUUUUAUCAUACACAUUGUGAUUUGGCAGUUAUGCUAAAAUUUGUAGUCAUACUUCAGCAGUUUAUUUAGACCCUCCAAUAUAGUAGGCUAUGUGUGGAGGUUUUGUUUUUGUACUUGCAACAUUUUUUAACAAACAAGAUAUAGUUAGAUUAGAAAUUGUUUGAUUUACCUUUAGCUAAUGGUUUAUUUUCCUUUAAUAGUUUAGAAAUUAAAAGAAGUUGGACAAUGCCAUUCCCAUUUUAUUUUGUUGUUGGAUGUUUUAGUUCAUACAGAAGAAAAGUACUUCUUCAGGACUACUUAGCUGGGUUGAAUACUUUUUAAUUUCUGGGAAAAUCAUUCCAUACAUGGAUUAAUAUCUGGUAUAUGGGCACAAAUUGAAGUUUUGUUAUGUGACUAUUUCCUUUAUCUUCUCAAGUUGGAAAAGAAAUGUAGUCCUCUCUCACUUUACCCUAUAUUUAUAUAACCCAUAACUAGCAAGAAGUUGUUCUUAUUGAUUAGUUUGUUUUAGUUAUAACUAAAUAACAUGAUAUCAUUUCACUUCAAUUUUCAGCCCAAAAAGUCCCCACUAUUUUACUAAGUUGUUAAAGGAUAUCUAUAAAACUGCCUGGCCUUCUAUUUUUCAUAGUAUUGGCCUUUGCCAGUCACAGCCCUGUGUGAACUGGUGUAAGUCACUUAACCUCUGGGUGCCUGAACAAGUUGUGCUAUAACGGAGUUAUGUUUUGGGCUAAGGCUGUCUUCAAGGAGGAUGUCACAUAGGGUAGCCACUAUGUAAGCCCUAGUGGGCCCUGGGGGCUACACAGCAUGGUAACUAAUGCCACGUGUCAUUUCCUAUGUUAUUUCCAAGACUGAAGAAAAGGCAAUACUUUCUUUGGCUUCUCAUGCAGAUCACUAGCGAGCAUGAGAUUUUGAGCACCUCAUCUCCAGGUACAAACCCUGGGUAAUGAUGAUGUCACCACUGAACUUUCAAUUAUGAAGAACAGUUUCCUUUGAUAGGAAUAUUGGAGAUAAGAAAGUAUACAAAAAUAUAUCAGAAAUGGUGGAUCCUGGAAGGAAACUGGUCAUAGAUACAUUCUUGCCUAGUAGUGAAGUGUGUUUAUUUUCAGCUUAGAACACAAAUAUUAGACCCACCCCAAUUUGAUUUUCAAUUUGCAUGUGUUUUUCACUAGAUUGUACUACUAAAACUUCAUAGGUCAUGACAGGCAAUGCUGUUUUGUUUUGUUUUGUUUUGUUUUACAGGAGUGAUUUAAGAUCGGGGGCGGGGAAGUAGGGGGGAAGCAUAAUUGUUAUCCUCCCCUGUGAACAACUGUAGUUAAAAUAAGGUGGUAUAGUGUUAUUGAUUAGUAUCAGGCAUGCAACAAUCCACCUUUUAAUUGGACUCCUGCCACGUAUCAGGUACUGUGCUCAGCAUAGAGACAGAGCAGUGACCUCAAGGAGCUUGCAGUCUCUGCAAAAAGAGCUGGAUAAGAGACUUACCAGCUUCUGAUUCUGCCAAUUUAGGGUGGAAAUACAAGGUACAUUAUAUUAUUUUCAUUUUCACCUAUACCAUAUGUAAUAUGCAGUUUUCUGGUUCCUCACCCAGUACCUAUUAAGAAUCUAUUAGUGAACAUCCUGUCUUGCAAUUACAAAGUCACUUAGCCUAUUGAUAGUUUAAAAGAACACCUAAUAUAAGGAGUCAUAUUUUCCACUAUGUAUAGAUUAUUUUUCCUUAAACUAGCGAGGGAGAGAUUACUCAGAGUUCUCUUAGACUAUUAAAUUGUGCACAGUUUUGGACUCCUUCUGCUCCAUCACAGGGAGCGAAGAUGAAAGUAAUAAAGUUCACUUUGCUCUGCCAUGUGCUUCUUAAAAGCCUGUGUAAACAUGUCUUAAUAAAUGUUGUUGAAAGCAAUGUAAAUAGUUUAAAAUAUAAAUUCCUAUUACAGUUUAAGGAAACCUUAUGAAUCACACUAGCCACUAUUAUUAUCUAUUUGUAUUCUUAUACCUUUUCAAUAUAUUUGAACAAAUAUAUAGUUUCUGGCACUAUUUUUGUACUAGGAUAAAGGAAUUACUAUGUAUAUUAUGUUUAGCUUUUAAGUCAUUUAAAAUAAUUGUGAAUGUUAAUUUCCUGUCUUUCCUCUCCCCCACAAUGAGAACUGUUUCAGAUGAGUCUUUUAUGAAACAAUCAUUUUAGAAGAACACAUACCCACCUAUUAUCCUUAUAAAGUCAAGAGACAGUAAGGGUGGUUUUUCGUUGUGUAAACUCUAUACUUGUCUGUUGUUUCCUCAUUUUGCCAUGCUUUGUAAAAAUAAAAACAAUGAACAAGCAGG